AUGGCGCAGCCCCCGAGUCCAGCAGAUUCGGCCUCGGGGCAGCUUCCUCCAGUCUUACCUCACUUGGCCUCAGCCCUUGGCGCAGCCCACACCGGGAUAGCUGUGUGUGACAUCACCGCGUCAGCUGUGUGUGACAUCACCGCGUCAGCUGUGUGUGACAUCACUGUGUCAGCAGCGGUGUGUGACAUCACCACGUCAGCAGCGGUGUGUGACAUCACCGCGUCAGCAGCUGUGUGUGACAUCACCGCGUCAGCUGUGUGUGACAUCACCGCGUCAGCAGCUGUGUGUGACAUCACCGCGUCAGCAGCUGUGUGUGACAUCACCGCGUCAGCAGCUGUGUGUGACAUCACCGCGUCAGCAGCUGUGUGUGACAUCACCGCGUCAGCAGCGGUGUGUGACAUCACCGCGUCAGCAGCUGUGUGUGACAUCACCGCGUCAGCUGUGUGUGACAUCACCGCGUCAGCUGUGUGUGACAUCACUGUGUCAGCAGCGGUGUGUGACAUCACCACGUCAGCAGCUGUGUGUGACAUCACCGCGUCAGCUGUGUGUGACAUCACCGCAUCAGCUGUGUGUGACAUCACCACGUCAGCAGCGGUGUGUGACAUCACCACGUCAGCAGCGGUGUGUGACAUCACCGCGUCAGCAGCUGUGUGUGACAUCACCGCGUCAGCUGUGUGUGACAUCACCGCGUCAGCAGCUGUGUGUGACAUCACCGCGUCAGCAGCUGUGUGUGACAUCACCGCGUCAGCAGCGGUGUGUGACAUCACCGCGUCAGCAGCUGUGUGUGACAUCACCGCGUCAGCAGCGGUGUGUGACAUCACCGCGUCAGCAGCUGUGUGUGACAUCACCGCGUCAGCAGCUGUGUGUGACAUCACCGCGUCAGCUGUGUGUGACAUCACCGCGUCAGCAGCUGUGUGUGACAUCACCGCGUCAGCUGUGUGUGUGACAUCACCGCGUCAGCAGCUGUGUGUGACAUCACUGUGUCAGCAGCUGUGUGUGACAUCACCACGUCAGCUGUGUGUGACAUCACCGCGUCAGCAGCGGUGUGUGACAUCACCGCGUCAGCAGCGGUGUGUGACAUCACCGCGUCAGCAGCGGUGUGUGACAUCAUUGGGUCAGCUGUGUGUGACAUCACCAUGUCAGCAGCGGUGUGACAUCACCGCGUCAGCAGCUGUGUGUGACAUCACCACGUCAGCAGCGGUGUGUGACAUCACCGCGUCAGCAGCUGUGUGUGACAUCACCGCGUCAGCAGCGGUGUGUGACAUCACCGCGUCAGCAGCUGUGUGUGACAUCACCGCGUCAGCAGCUGUGUGUGACAUCACCGCGUCAGCAGCUGUGUGUGACAUCACCGCGUCAGCAGCGGUGUGUGACAUCACCGCGUCAGCAGCUGUGUGUGACAUCACCGCGUCAGCAGCGGUGUGUGACAUCACCGCGUCAGCAGCUGAACUCGAUCAGCUGCUCUGGAAUGUGCCUCCUGCCUCAAUCCGCACAGGCACCCUCCAGCCCGGCCCAGGACCGGGCGGGGGAGCUUCCUCCCGGCCCCUGUGCGCAGCCCCCAGCCAGCCGCUGCCUGCCAGCGCCAGGGCAUCAGCUCCCUGCCUGGCCUGCGUCAUCGCCAUGGUGACAGGUGCAGAGCCCGCGCAGCGGCUCCUCCGGCGCCGUGCAGGCGGCCAGGCCGUGGCCCUGUUUUGCCUCACUCGCUGGCCACUGGCGCUGGCUGGUGCGAGCUGGCUGCCCCGCGCUGCCCACAUCUGUGACCUGUGGCCUGGCCAGCACCCAGUGCCUGAGGCCCAGCGAGCACUGUGCCUCCCGAGGCCGUGGCCGGGGGUCGAGGGUUCCAGCUGUCACUGGAAGCAGCAGGGCCGCGUCUGGUGUGGGCCCGGGGCCCUGCAGAUCCCCGAGGAGGACGGCAGCAGGCUCUGA